AUGGGCUCCUUAGUGGACCCCAGGCCGGAAGAUGCUGGUUCCAUCAAGUGUGUGUUGGUGGGUGACAGCGCCGUGGGGAAGACCUCGCUGUUGGUGCGCUUUACCUCUGAGACCUUCCCAGAGGCCUACAAGCCCACAGUGUAUGAGAACACGGUGGACGUCUUCAUGGAUGGUGUCCAGAUCAGCCUGGGCCUCUGGGACACGGCUGGCAAUGAUGCCUUCAGGAGCAUCCGCCUGUCCUACCAGCAGGCCGAUGUGGUGCUAAUGUGCUACUCUGUGGACCAUAACUCAUUCCUGAACUUGAACAAGUGGAUUGGGGAGAUCAGGAACAACCUGCCCUGUACCCCCGUGCUGGUGGUGGCCACCCAGACGGACCAGCGGAGGUGGGGCCCCAGGGCCUCCUGCAUCAACGCCAUCGAAGGGAAGAGACUGGCCCAGGAUGUGCGAGCCAAGGGCUACCUGGAGUGCUCGGCCCUCAGCAACCGGGUGCAGCAGGUGUUCGAGUGUGCUGUCCGGACUGCCGUCAACCAGGCCAGGACGAACAGGAGGGGGCUCUUCUCCAUCAGUGAGUGUAAGAUCUUCUAG